GCACGUGCAGCAGACGUGGGUGCAGCAGCCUACAGACGCACGUUGCUGUGCAGCUUGUCGCGUGCGACUCCCUCCACACAAACAUCUGCCUCGUAGUGCCCGGCCGGCCGUGUCGCUCGUCUUCACCAACAUCUUGACGACAGAGUAAGAGAAGUUCAUCUAUAAUUUUAUUUUUAGGAACCACCAGCCCAAGAUAACUUACCGUCCUGUGGCAUUCAAGUGUUCACCUGUUGUCUGCGCCAGGAACUGAAGACAAAAACAGCCAUCCUGUCAACUAAACAGCCAACCAAACAAACAAACAAACGGGGCAAAAAAAAAAUGCCAAACAAUCAACCUUGUUAAGACACUCAGGACUUAGUGCCCGUGAACUAAAUGGUUUGUUUCGGGUGUGUUUUUGUGCCUCGUGAGUUUUCGUUUUUACGCCAGAAGCAGAUGUCAGGGUACAUAAAAUCCACUGAAGUUUUUCUUGCUGCAAGGUGAGGGCUCCCCACCAGCAUCUCCUUCUGUACUCACUGGAAACUGAGUUGGUGUCUACAGGAACUGGAGCUGAAUUCGUCCGACCAUCAUCAAGAACUACAGUCACAGAACUCUUUAAGAUCAGCGACAGUGUUCGAGAGGCAGUAACCUCCCUUCCUGAGUCAGCAGCGCCACCCGGCAGGUAGCGGGGUCAGCAGCGCCAACGCUCGUCUCCCUUGAGCUGACGUCCAUCACCGUCGUCCCCACGUGAUGUUGAAACGUCGAAAAGCUUGAGUCAGGGUAUCUGGGUGUACCUGGCAGGUGAGCACCGCACCCUGCUGUCUCCCGCUCACUUGAGUAUCGAGAAAGUUCUCUGUGGUGAACCUUCCACAUGGAUGCUGCAGCUCCACACCGAGGUCUGGUGUUGUGAGGCUGACAGAAAGUCAUCAAGAAGGCAGGUGAGAACUCCUCCCCCGGCGUCAGGUCGGCAGUCUUCUCCUCCAUGAUUUGUUAACCGUGGCGAUACUUCAGACCAGUGAAAAACAUCCGUCUCUAGUUUCCAUUUCCUUUGAACUGAGGGUUACAAGCUGCUUGGAGCUAAAUCUUUCAGAAAAAAAUAUUUUUAAAACCCUGAAUUCCUAAGAAAUCAGAGUCAGCUGUUGAACAGAUCACUUCAGGUCUACCUGCCCCAUAGACAACGCCGACUACGGUUUGAAAAUAAGUCCAUAGUGCCUGGAAAAGUGAUUGUUCUUGAACAACAUAGUCGAAACUUAGUGUUUCGCGAAAGGUCUGUGGCUUGUUUAUUUGUCCUGUGUUUGUAUUCACACAGACCUCAGUUCCAGCUUCUCGUUCCCACACAGACAUUACUCCACUGAUUCAAUAAAACUUCAUAAUAACAUCUCGUAAGAAACUCCAGAGACUGACAGAAACCAUCGUGGUGGCUGUUUAUAAAAUAAAUUUGCAAAAGAUCUACUGAGCUGUAAGUUUGUGAAGAAGCAGCAACUAGUCAACUCAAACAGACCAAUCAGGAUCAGAGUGGGAUCACGUGACGUGCCCUGUCCUAGGCAGAUGGUUGCCGUUGCUGAAGGGAAGAGCGAGGGUCGAGUCCUUUAGUGUCUGCUGCUGCACGUGACUGUCAGCUGACACCAUCGCCAUGUCACAGCGGAAGUUCACUCACGCCAAAGUCGUCAUCCUGGGAGGCCCAGGGGUCGGGAAAACAGCCUUCGCCGUCAGGUACAUCACCAAGCGCUACAUCGGCGACUACGACGCCAACAAAGAAAUGAUGUACAACCACAAGAUCGCCGCCCCUAGGGAUGACCUUUCUCUAGAGAUUCUUGACACCGCAUCAAAGAUGCCUGCGGAGACUCUAGAGCGGCACAUCAAGUGGGCAGACGGCUUUGUUCUCAUGUACUCGGUGACCGACAGGUCCAGCUUCCUGGAGGCUCGGCGGCUGAAGGAGGAAAUCUACCGGCACCGCCACGCCGAGAUCCCUGUGGUGCUCGUGGCCAACAAGUCCGACUUGCUCACGGCGCGCGCUGUCACCGAGGACGAAGGCCUGGAUCUCGCCGGCGAGAUGGAUUGUCCCAAGUACGAGCUGUCAGUAGCCGAGGGCUACCAGGCCGUGGGUGAGACCAUGGACGAACUGCUUUGUCAGCUCAAGCGAGAGUUCGUGAAGAUGCUGACGACGGGGACAUCCCCCGGGCUAGCAGCCGCGGGUCAAGCCCCCGGCAUGGAGAAACGGUCGCGCCUGUACAACAUGAAGAAGGCCUUCAAGAAGAGGAUUGUCCGCAGCAGAAGCGACACCUUCUAGCAGACGACACGCUCGGCUGGUUGCAAAGGUGUGACUCGUGACGGAGGUCACAGGGGAUCGCGACUUCGCGUUGUUCGCGGAGAGACACCCUUGACCCGAAGUAUAAACAGGUUGCCUUUUUAUUUAUGUUUGGAGAGUGUGUUGCCUGUUGGAUAAGCUGGAGACCUGAAAUGCUGAAUGCUGUGGUCUGACGUCCUGCUCCAUGUGAAGCAUUUCUGGCAUAAACACUCCACAUGAUUUGUAAAAGUGAUCUUCCCGUAGACCUCGCGAAUGUGUGAGGACUAGAGUAGGAGACGAAGACACUUUAUAUGUUCUGGGCCUGCUUCUUUGAAAAGAUAACCUUGAUCUGCUGGUCUACCUGAAUAAGAUGAAAAGAGUGCCUUGAUGAGAUGUAGAUCAUUAUGCUUAAGGGUACUUGCACUCGUAUGUGCAAAAACAGUGUCUAUCUGUCUGUGUAUACGAAAGGGAAUAACCUUAAUACAAGUCAUUAGUGAGGGCGGGAUGGCAAGGGAGACGAUUAUCAAAUGACAAAGAUUCUGACUGACAUGACAACUGUUUGAGAAAUGAUAGCUGAAAUAAAAAAUAAGUUGAGUUCAUUUUAAAGUACAUCAGCUGUAUAAUAAAACCACGCAGGAGCUAGGAAAAAUCAAAAACGACGAAGACGAUGACAAUAACAAUAAUAAUAAAAAUGUUCGAGCAAAGCACCAGUGGCUUUGAAUCCACCUAUCACCUAUUCUCAGAAAUCGGCGAUUGAAGAUUUUGCCUCACACUAAGCGUGAAGAAGUGUCUUCGUAUCGUCCGUCUUGUUAUGUGCCGUUGAGUGUUUUGUAACGUUUUUACAAAUGUCACGUGGUACUGACGUACAAGAUGACCAUGUGGACGCGAUGUGCAUGCACGUGGGACGUUAAUAUGAUUGACCUGUUUGCUAUCGGUGUCUACAAUAGAUUUUAUGAGCUGCAUGAAAACAGUGUGCAGAAAAAAGGUUUUUCUGAUUGUAUAUGCUCUGUAAUACAAUUAACUUAUUAUCUAUUCUAAAGAACAUGUUCGUGUUUAACAUUUCUCAUACCAGAUGAUGCAUGAUUUGCCUUCAUGUAACUAUAUCACAAAAUAAACCACACUUUGCAUA